UUGAAACCCUUAGCCUGAGGAUACGAGCUGAGCCACUCAAACUCUCCUGUUGAAGCACAGAAAGAGGACUGAGAGAUCUUUACGUCACAGAAACAGGCUGGACCCAGGCUUUAUCUCACAGAUUCUCCAGCUGUUGACCCUUGUUUUAUACUUUUGGGCCCCUGUUUGUCGCUUCCUGUCUGGCUUUGCUGAGCGAUGAAGAUCCCUCUGUGGUACUUGGCGGUGCUGCUGGCGUGUCUCUUCACCCCUGGACGCAGUGACUGCCCGGGGGACUGCGUGGCCUGCGGUCUGCUCCUGGAGCAGCAGCAGCUGCAGCAAGCCUUCAACACCAUGGUGUGCUUGCUGGAGUGCGAGGGUCACGUCUCUGCUUCGAUCACAUGGGAGGUCUGUAAACGUGCUGUCAAGCUAUCUCACCAUCCCACACUUUCCGAGGUAGGCGCUAUGUUCAAGAGAACCGGAGAGGAGCUGGAGUUGACCUCUCUUGACCUGAACUCGGACAGUGAACUGCUGCAGUCUGCAACCGCAGAGCGCUUCCAGGAGGGGGAGCAGGAGGAGGCCCCCUUUGAGCAGCGCAGUGCCCAGUAUGACUCAUCACUGCUGGAAUCCUCCGAGGAGGGGGAGGGCCUGCGGGGCCUGGAUCUCAGUCUGGAAGAGAGGAAGCAGAGGGAGGAGAGGAAUGUGGAGAGUGACAGCCAGCUAGAAGUGGAAGAAGAUGACGGCUCGGAGGCCAUCACCUUAUCCAAACGCUUUGGUGGCUUUCAGAGGGGGCGCCAUGGAUACAGGAAGCUGAUUGGCUCGCCCAUUAGGCCCCUACAAAAGCGCUACGGCGGGUUCAUAGGUGUCCGGAAAUCAGCCCGUAAAUGGAACAGUCAGAAACGUGUGAACCAGCUGCUCAGGCAGUACCUGGGCAUGAGGAGCAGCCGCAGCGGCCGGCUCACCAACAACCCUGUAACUCGGGUGUGGAGGCAAAACAAACUGUAAUGUAUUUCUGUUGCUCUCACUACCCCAGUUACCUCGACCAAUCAUGUUUCCAGCAGCUCACUCCAAUUUGAAGUGUGACGUCACCAACAGACUCCGCCAUCUCGCUGCACCUCUCUCUGUGUCUCUCAGUAAUGAGGAAUGUUUUGACCUUGAUGUCCUUCUUAUUAAGCAUAUUUUCAUGCCAUUAUGUGAAAUAAAAUAAUUAGAGAAGUUCAA